AUGGCUGGCCCUCGACUCACCGGUCCCCGUCUUACAGCUCCUGCUGCCAGACUCGCUCGUCACAUCACCACAACCACACACCCCAGCACUGCUCCGGCGACUCUCAUCACAUCUUCCAGGGCGUCGGCGCCGCUCUCUCACAAAUAUGCAGAACUUUUAAAAGAAAAGAACAUGGAUGGUGAUCACUCCCGACACAUCUACACUCGCUCGUCGAAUCGCCCGCAUCCUGCCCCCAGACGCGUGCGAUUAAUGCAAACAUUUACUUCCUCGGCCUCUCGCCCUGCUCAGGUUAGCGGCAUGGAUAAGCUGGUGCUCCCAGACAUGCAAAACACACAGUCGCACUCUGCCUCGAGGCUGCGCGUGCCCAUCCUGCCCGACAACUACGACGUGCACAACGCUCCGCUGCCGGCGGCCGAGCCCGUGCUCCAGGGCCAGAUCAACGUCGUGGCCGCGGAUCCCGAAAAGGUCUCCGUCUCGGCCUUGACCGAGGUUGAGGGCAUGACGCUGGAUGGCGUCGAGCUCAAGUUUGCCCACGAGUCCCCCAAGAAGCAGACCGAGCCCGGUAUGCUGAGGGAUCUCUGGAAGGGCCUCGUGGAUGAUGUUUUGGGCGGCUCCAAAACAAAACCCGCCUUCUAA